AUGGACGGUCAAUCUGGAAAACUGAUGUUCAUCCCAGGCAGUUUGCCUUUUUUGCCGUCGCCUACUGAGCGUCCAUUGUCAUACCUCAUCACCCUUUUCGUCCUUCUUUUCGCGUACGCUGCCAAGGCAAAGCAGACCAGUCUCCCUAUACUGAAUCCCAAAACCAGCACCAGAGAAUUCAUGACCAAAUCCAAAGAGCUUUUCGUUCUAGGGCGUCGGAAGUAUCCGGACGAGCCAUACACCAUGAAGACCUAUCUUGGCAACGCCAUCGUUUUGCCUCCUCAUAUGCUUGCAGAGGUUCGCAACCUCCAUGAGUUGGAUUUUUGGCCCGCAGUAGAAAAGGACCAUCAUGGGUACCUCCCUGGCUUCGAGCCAUUCAAGGCCAAUUAUGAAGGGGGAAAUAUGAUCAACAGACAUUUAACCAAGGCACUGAACAAGUAUACGAAACCUCUGUAUCAAGAAGCAAAAUUAGCUGUGCGCGACUUGUUUACAGACUCAACUGAAUGGCACGAAGUUCGUCCUUCCCGGGACUUGACAGCCCUUGUUGCCCGCACAUCCGCACGCCUCUUCCUCGGCGUGGAACUCUGCCGCAACGAGGAUUGGAUCAAACUAAGCGCUGCAUAUACACACACGGUGUUCCAAGCAGUACAAGUGCUGCGACAAUUCCCUCCGAUUCUCCGGCCCAUUGCGAAUCGAUACAUGGCCAUCUGCCAACAAACAAGAACAGCUCUCCAAGCCUGCCGGGAAUUUAUUCGUCCAUUCGUCUUAGAUAGAAGAGCUCGUAAAGCGGAUGCGUUGGCAAGAGGUGAGCCCGAGCCAGUAUACGAUGACGCGCUCGAGUGGUGCCAAAGAGAAUACGCAGAAGACAGAGACCCUGCCGACAGCCAGAUAUCACUCGCAAUGGUUGCUAUUCAUCCAACAACGGACCAACUCACGCAGACGAUGAUCCAAAUUGCUCGUCAUCCCGAACUUUUUCAACCUCUCCGUGAGGAGAUCAACAGUGUCUUGGGAACGGAAGGCAUUAAAAAGACAGCCCUCCACAACCUCAAGUUACUAGAUAGCGUGAUCAAAGAGAGCCAGAGGCUAAAACCUGUGUCAAUCUCCAAUUUUCGACGAGUUGCUGUGGAAGACUUUACACUGAGUAACGGUCUACACAUUCACAAGGGCGAUAACGUCUGGGUCGACCUCGCCCAUAUGUGGGACUCCAAUGUUUGGGAGGACGCCGAAAAGUUCGACCCGUACCGUUUCCUUAAACUCCGUGGAACAGACAAAGACCAUAUGGCGCACCUAGUCAGCACAAGUUCGGAGCAUAUGGGAUUCGGCCACGGCAGGCAGGCAUGUCCUGGAAGGUUUUUUGCUGCCCAUGAAAUGAAGAUUAUCCUUUGCCAUUUGUUGAUGAAGUAUGACUGGAAAUUGCCCGACGGACUUGACCCUCAGCCUAUCGCAUUCGGACUAAAUCUGGCCCCGAACCCUUCCACCGCCCUUCUCAUUAGGAGGCGUAAGGAAGAGAUUGACCUCGAUACGCUUGAGAUUGAGAGCUGA